CUGGUAAACAGACAUGGAAGCACCUGGUGAAGACCUCCACAGAGGCUGAGCACCGCACUCGCUCUUUCUCGCCGUGUCCUGCCCCCUUCGCCCCUUGCAUCCAGUUGAUUUCAAUCGGCCUGGCUUUUGUUUACACAUACGGCAUCCAUAGGAUCGAUUUCUUCUUCAGUGUGUGCGGCAGCCAGUAAGAAUCCAAACUGAUGUGGAUCAGCUGAUUGAGUUACAAAUAAGUUUCUUUUGUCCUUGCCAAGCGGAAAGAAUGUCGGAAAGGGCCGAGGAUGACGUCAGGGGGGAGCAGCGCCGAGCAGCCAGGCAGCAGCUGAAGCAGCAGCAGCCGAGCCAGCGCGGAGAAGGCUCCACAGCAAUGGCGACUGUUGCGGAGCGGAGAUCCUUACCCAGUCCAGAAAUAAUGGUGGGACAGCCUUGGAGCAACUGGGUCGACGCCGCCAAACUCCACGGAAACGACGGUGCUGAAUUGGAGGAAAGUUUCAAAGACUUGGGGAAAAAUCGCGAAGCCAUGCGUUUGUGCAGAGAAGAUAUGCCGAUAUUUGGCCAGUAUCCAGCGCACGAUGACUUCUACCUGGUGAUGUGCAGCCACUGUAGUCAAGUAGUCAAGCCUCAAGCCUUCCAAGCACAUUACGAGAGAAGACAUAAUUCUCCCAUCAAGUCAGCAUCCACCUCGCCCUUCCUUUUGUCCGGAAGGAACAGGAGUAGUACUAGUAGCGGUGCUCUCGGAACUGGACUUGGCUCAGGGUCUCUCACCGGAGUGACGAGCGGAGGGAUUGUUAGCCGAACCGCCACCGCUGGAUCGAACUUCUCUUCCUCCGCGACAUCCUCCUCCUCUUCCUCCAAUCCCAAACUACUCAAACCAGCCAAAGACAAGGUGUCGGGCAUCCAGCGAAGGCCUCCCUUUCACCCAUUCAGGAUGCUGCAGCCGGACAAGAUCCUCACCCCGGCUGUCAAGGUGGAGAAGAUGCAUCUGAAUGUGGACUCGUCAGCUAAGCUGGUGCAGGUCCCCUCUGCUCCCGCCACCACCUCAUCCUCCUCUGCAUCCUCCUCUAGCACCACUGUGAGCUCCAACAACAACAACACCACCACCUCCACCACCACCAUCACCACCUCCUCAUCCUCAGCCCUUAAACCAGGCCUUAACUGUCCCUCCAUACCAAAGCCUCCCUUACUAGCCCCGGGUCAGAUCCCCAACGGCAAAGGUCACCUGUCAGUCCUUUCGGACAAGAAGCAGGACAACAGCAACAGCAGCAGUGCCAGUAGCAGACGCCACCUUAACAAGAAAGUGACAGAGCGUGAGUUCAAUCCAGAUAUUCACUGUGGUGUUGUGGAUGUGACAGCUCGGAAAACCUGCACAAGAUCCCUAACAUGCAAGACACAUUCCUUGAGCCAGCGGAGGGCAGUGCCAGGGCGGAGGAAGCGCUUUGACACAUUACUGGCAGAGCACAAGUACAGAACAAAGGAGCGAGAGAGAGAACUCCACCAAACCCAUUCCCAACCACCUCCCCCUCUCAGGGACCCACACCCCUCCCUCCAUCUUGCCACUUCUUAUGAUGUCCAUCCGGUGGCUCAUGGCAACGGCCCUGCCCCAGACGCCACUAAGAUUCUGCCAGCCAACAAACUCAAAUUUCACAGCCCUAGUCUUCCACGAUUGAACAACACGCACGGGCCUGGUACCCCAGCGGACCCCGCAAUAGUCCACGACUCACCACAUCAUCCCCAAAGUGCUCCUGACGGGCUCUCUCGAGCCUCCAGUGAUGAGGGAGAGAAUGAGGAGCGUGAGGAGAGCGCUGAAAAAAUGCACUGUCACUAUUCAGGUUAUCACCCUCGACCGGUAGCUUACUGUAAUUUUGGAAGUCGACUGUUUGGGAGAGGUUGUUACUCCUUUGACAGGCGAUGGGACAAAAUGCGAUGUGUCCUCUCUGCAAUGAUGGAUAAGCACGUCAACUCUCAAAUGUGGAAGAAAAUCCCUAUGGCCUUGGAGAACAGCUCUUCCUUUGCACCCAACCAUAGGACAAGCACAAAUUCCCCCAGUAGCACCCCAUCUUCAGGCUUCCUGGGCCCGCCUACGACCACGCCCCAGACCCCGUAUAGCCAAUCGUUUGAGGGCAAGCCUGUGCUCUCCUAUGGGACCACCUUAAACGCCCGCAGCUCUCCACAGGGAGGGCCCGAGCACCCGGCCUACGGCACCACACAGGCCCGACAAGUGUCUUCGUCGCCGCAGAUGCCUUCAGCCCACUUGUCCUCAUCCACCUCCCCUUUAGCCCCUUCACUCGCCUCAGGCCGGGCGCUUAAGUCCCGUCCCUCCAGCAGCAGCAGCACGACCAAGUCAUUGUCCAUCCGGCCCAAGGAGAUCUCCACUGGUUCCUCCACACCCAUCAUCCCCACUUCAGUUGGCGUGGGCAGUAACAGUAGCAGCACCAGCUUCAGCUCGGGAAAGAAGAGGAAGAACAGCUCUAUCUUCUCGUCGUCCCAUAGCUCCUCAGAACCUGCUAAUGCUAACUAUUCUCCCUCGUCCACUUUCAAGAAGAACUGUGCAAAUGUUGGCAGCUCAGGGAGCACCUACCACCACAGCUCACUAGGUUCCUCCUCCUCAUCGUUAUCUUCCUCCCACAGCGGCGUCCACAGUGUGGGCCUCAACUGUGGCCCCAGCGUGCGCACAAACUCUCUCAGCCUCAAGGCCGAGCUUUCCGCAGGGUCUGUUGGCGGCUCCUCGGGCUCGCCGGCGCGAGGCCCGGCUUCGGGUAGCCCCGCCGAGUCCAUCAAGCGUAUGAGUGUGGUGAUGAACAGCAGCGACUCCACCCUCUCUCUGGGGCCUUUCGUCCACCACCAGUCCUCGGCGGACCACCAUAGCAGCUUCAGCCACCAUUCCUCAGACGGGCGCCUGGAAGGCAAGAAGCGCAAAAGCUCGCCUGCCUCCAGCGGUGUCAAUAGUGGUACUGGGGGAGGUGGGGGUCCCGCACCGGGUCGGCCCAAGGUGUCCAAGUCACCUGCCAUUAACAACAUCCACGGCAAGCACGGGCGGAACAUUCCAGGGACGCCGGGACUACCCAACAACUCCCACUUACAUCAGCCAAAGGCUCGUCCCUGACACUGGUGUCAGCCCGCAGAGUGUGUGGAUACGGCACGAUGACGGGGAAUAGUCCGCAGCAAUCCGCUCUGGACUGUUUGAGGCCUUCGAAAAUGAAAACCCACAUUACUCUCAGUUUCCCACAAUCCUCAGGUUGGAGAUGAUCUGGACUGCCCAGUGAGGUCAAAAGUCCGUACUCGUUCUCCCAAAGCCAUGUCUGUUAGAGGGGUGGUGGGGACAAGUGGUGCUCGGUGGGGAAACGUCACGCGCAGAGCCCGCCACGGAGCUCCGCCAGCGUGGCGUUGUCCUCGUAUUACGGGUGGUCUUCCAGAAGGUCCCGGCGUGGGAGCAAAGCGAGCCAUGAGUCUCCAGGGUGCACUCGGGUUCCGGUUAAGGGCUGUUGUGAGCUCUGCGGCCGUAAACCGCCAUGACACUGAGCAAGUGGGGAGGCAACAAGCCCACCUCUUCCUAGUGCGUGGGCCCUCGUGUGCAUGUGUGUGUGUGUGUGUGUGUGUGUGUGUGGGUGGCAAGCCAAUUGAGCAUUUAUUCAAUAUCGUCAUGCGCUGAGUUGUCGUUCUACUCGCGUGCCAUCAUGUUUUAAAAUGUGAUGUAUUUUUCCACUACUGUAUUAUGACAUUUAUGAACGCAAUGUUAUUAGUGAGGCAAAAUUAGUGCAGCGAUUGGCAUCUGCUUGCAACGAAGAAUAUCAGUGACUAUAUUAUAUUUUAUUAUUUCCCAUCGAAAAGCUAACCAGCAGUACGCAGAUGCCAUCUUUGUUUUCACACCAGUAGAAAAACUUUUUUUUUUUUUUAGUGUGGCAAAACUUUUGGUGUGCAGAUGUCAAUGCAGUUUUGCACCGCGGGUCACUUGCAGUUUUACGAGGGGGAUUGUCUGACCACGCUCAACACAUUUUUAAUCAAAGAUUCAAGCAAACCUUUGCAAAUUUUUUUUGUACUGAAUCUCUAGUACAUCAGGUUUUAAUAAUAUAAUAAAGGUUAAAGGUAAUUUCAGCUCAAAAUUACUACACACGUCCUUAUUGCGCAACCUUAUGUAGGUCAAACUCAAAGAGUAAUGAAAACAUUUACACAAUAAGGGACACUUAGUCUGUUGACCAGUGUUUAGAGCUUACUCGUACCCUGGCGAUUCAGCGCAACUCGUAUCGAAUAAAUGCUCUGACGGCUUUCUGUAUGCGUGAAAAAGACGAGCGAGUGUCGAGAAUUGUUCUCACGUCCGAUUCUGCUGGACUACUGGAAUUUACGACUCAAUUUCACCCCCUGCGCCUGAUCUCAGAAGCCUUGGAAAGGAGAGCAGGAGGGGCGGCAAACACGCUGGCUCCACCCCAACAGACAAACAAUCAUCUUGUUUUACGCUUCGUCAGUCGGACUCGGCUCACUCGUUUUGGGGGCUCCCGCGCGGUAGCUUGAGAAGGGCCGGUAGGGACGACCCUGUAAAUGUUUUUAUUUGAAUGCCCCCGCAGAAUUAUGCAAGUGUUAUCCUAUUCCGAUGUUUUCUUAUGAGCUUUUACACUGUACUACAAAGAGUCUCCGUAGAUGAGGUCGAGGAGGGCUCGCGCUUUCAGAUCUGAAACCCGAUGCGCCCUCUCGCUUGAUUUUCCUUUUCUUUUUACGAUGAAACAAAUCUGAACCGAAUUUCUGAAUCUUGUCAAUGUGCAGAAUGAUAGCCACAGUCGACCUGCUUCCCCAACUGUGAACAGCACUAAAACAACUUCACACCGCGCAGGCAAUGCUUAUUUGAGAACUAAGCUCACCUAAAGCUGCUACUCUUGUGUCUACGGCCAACUUGAAAGUCGGGCCGCUGAAGUGGUGGAAGGUGCAUUGCUUGCGUGGAUGUCAAGAAUCUGUGCGACUCAUAUUAUCGCCACAAUCUUUUCUCUGAAUUACUGUGGGAGAUCCACAACAGCCUGUGGAGCGAUGUGAAUUUUGUGGGUUUGUUUUUCUUCCCCGCAUGGGGGAAUCAGGUAUGGUACGUCUUAACUAGAGAAAACUUUAUGCACGUCAACUGUCUUCUGUGGGUGUUUUGUCCCUCAACCUUUGGAUAUUGAGUAGUGAUGCCUCGGCCGGUGUCGGGGUGACCUUGGAUUCCUUGAGUUCAAAUGAAGUCUUGAAUCAGGCAAUAGUCCACAGUCUUGAGUGGGAUGUUUGCUGCUUUUGAGUAAGUUUCAAGAUGGUGUGAGAUUCAUGCAGAUGGCUUCACAAGACAUAUUUUGACAUUUGGCAGCACCCAGUUACUAUCUGGAAACCUCCACUGAUGUCAGUCAAGAGUGGAAAGUAGAUUUUUCUUUUUUUUUUUUUUCCUCUUCUUUAGCUCCCCCCUAGCUUAUGAAGUCAAAGAGCUACCCCUAUUUGAAAAAAAAAAUAUUUUGUUAAGCAAUUGUACAUAAAUGAAAUGUGUAUUUUUGCACAGGCUUUUUUUGUACAUGCAGGAAUUCUUGGGUACCAUUUUGAAGAGUCGUUAUUUAUUUAGGAAGCCAGAGGAGAAGCCAGAAUUUGAUUAUUUAAAAGUGUUUCACUGCCAAGUCUAUCUAUAUAAUGCAAUACAUGGAUAUAUUCAGUAUGAAUCGAAGCCUCUCAUGAAUCAUGGACUGAGGGUCUCUUAAGGGACAAAGGUGAAGUGUUUUUCCACUGUAGCAUGUGUCUGUUUGACAGCGAAUACCUUUAUUCACUUUUUAAGGUCUCAAAUCACAUGUGCUUUUUACAACACAUAUUUUGUUGCCUCUGAAUCAACACAAGUAAUGUACCCGUGUGGCCCAAUCAGCCUGCGACCGGGCUUUGUCACAAUGGACCCGCCAGUCAUACACUUGACCUUAAACCCAUUUCUUGGUUGUUGUUUUAGAAGGUCGAAGGAACUAAUCAUUGAAAUCGCUUGCAUCGUCAUUGCCAAACAAGUAAUUUGAAUCACAGCUUUUCAAAGAAAUAUCAAAUUAAGAAAGUGCCUGAAUUUGUUUCACCCUGACUGUUUUAGGACAGUGUCGUCGGGUUCUUUUAUUUACCUUACUUGAAUGUUCAGUGUUUUAAUCUGCCUAUGAACCCUAAAUGUGGUAAAAAGAAAACACAAAAAAAAAAAAUAACUGAGCUUGCCAG